AUGCAGUGCUAUACUGAGCUGCUGCCCCCAUCUGGGGUCACUCAUGCAUUGGCAGUCCCAUUUCUGUCUGCUACAGCCAACAAUUUGAUCGUGGUUCGAACUUCCCUCUUGCAGGUGUUUUCUUUGCAUUCAUCCCCUGCUCAUCGGCUGGCAGAGAAUGCCGAGACCCACCCAACAACAUCAUCUCACACAUCAGGGACGAAGCUCAUUCUGGUAAAAGAAUACCAACUGCCUGGAACAGUGACAGAUCUGAGCAGGGUGAAAAUCUUGAACUCCAAGAGCGGUGGUGAAGCUAUCCUCGUUGCCCUCCGCAAUGCCAAGCUUAGUCUGAUUGAGUGGGAUCCCGAGCGCCAUGGCAUUUCCACCAUCUCGAUUCAUUACUACGAGCGCGAUGAUCUGACUCGGAGUCCCUGGGUGCCAGAUCUCAGCACCUGUGGCAGUAUCCUCAGUGUGGACCCAAGCAGUCGGUGCGCAGUGUUCAACUUUGGAGUCCGUAACCUUGCAAUCUUGCCUUUCCACCAAGCGGGAGAUGACCUGGUUAUGGAUGACUAUGACUCGGAUCUUGAUGGCGAACGACCGAAUCAAGAUGCAGGUGCCACCAAAGGCAAGGAUGGUGCGGCAUACGGAACACCUUAUGCCGCCUCCUUUGUGCUGCCACUGACAACAUUGGACCCUUCAUUACUGCACCCCGUCAGUCUUGCCUUCCUCUACGAGUACAGGGAGCCGACAUUUGGCAUUUUGUACUCCCAAGUGGCAACCUCCACUGCUUUGGUUCAUGAAAGAAAGGAUGUGAUGUUCUACACAGUCUUCACAUUAGACCUCGAGCAAAAAGCUUCAACAAUCCUUUUGUCAGUCUCGAGGCUACCAAGUGGUCGCACUCCCACCCCCGUGGGAGGAGCCCUGCUUAUUGGCGCAAAUGAGAUCGUGCAUGUUGACCAAGCAGGCAAAACCAGCGCUGUGGGAGUGAACGAGUUCUCGCGGCAAGUGUCUUCGUUCUCGAUGAGCGACCAAUCGGAUUUGUCCUACCGCUUGGAAGGCUGUGUGGUGGAGCGACUGGGUGGUGACAGUGGCGAUCUUCUUCUAGCUCUUGCGUCUGGAGAUAUGGCAUUGAUCAGAUUCAAGCUGGAUGGUCGAUCUGUGUCUGGAAUGACGAUUCAUCCCUUACCAGCACAGGCAGGUGGAGAACUUUUGAAGUCGGCUGCUUCAUGCUCGACAUGCUUCGGCGACGGCAAUAUCUUCAUCGGCAGUGAAGAAGCGGACUCUCUCCUUUUAGGAUGGUCCCACGCGUCAGCAUCUUCCAAGAAAAAGCAUGUUGUCAGUGGUAUAGAGGACCUUUCAGAUGAUGAUCAGAUGGACGAUGAUGAUAUUUAUGAAGAUGAUCUCUAUUCGACCGCGCCGGACCGGCGUACGACUUCUGGAAUUUCAACUGCGGAGCUCUACAACUUCCGGUUGAACGAUCAACUGUCUUCAAUUGGUCCCUUACGAGAUAUCACACUGGGUAAAUCCUCUCAGCUCUCCAAAGGUGAGAAACAGCCGGACAAUGAAGCUGUUUCCGCAGAAUUAGAAUUGGUCGCAUCACAAGGAUCUGGCAGAGCUGGUGGGUUGGUCGUCAUCAAACGAGAGAUCGACCCCAACAUCGCCCUGACCCUCCAAGUCGACGAUGCUGAUGCAGUCUGGUCGGCUACCGUAACCCAAGGGAAAAAGGGCGGCCAACCAAACAACACUGAAUCGGGCGAGAGCAUCUCUCGUCAAUAUGUGAUUGCCUCGCGCUCGUCAGAAGCAGACAAAGAGGUCUCUGAAGUCCUGGCAGUCGAGGGCCAAGAGCUCAAGCCCUUCAAGGCCCCUGAAUUCAACCCCAAUGAAGACCACACCAUCGAUAUUGGCCCUCUUGCAGGCAGUACCCGUCUCGUGCAAGUUCUUCGAAAUGAAGUUCGCAGUUACGACAUUGAUUUGGGACUGGCUCAGAUCUAUCCCAUAUGGGACGAAGACACCGAUGAAGAAAGACUAGCGGUCAGCGCAAGCUUUGCCGAUCCCUAUCUUGCGAUCCUGCGAGAUGAUGCCUCUCUUUUGCUUCUUCAAGCAGAUGACAGUGGUGACCUUGAUGAAGUUUCUCUCCCUGAUGACCUUUCUAGUCUCAAGUGGCGCUCCGCUUGUCUUUAUCGGGACAAUGAACAAGUCUUUAGUUCAUCAGACUCCAAAUCGACUGACACUGCCGAUGAAAACAUCAUUUUGUUCCUACUGAGCACCGACUACAAACUUUCGAUAUUCAACCUCGCAGACAUGAAAGUGUUGUCAAUUAUUGAUGGCCUCGACUGCUUGCAAACCGUGUUAUCGACUGAACCUCCUCGCCGAUCCCACACGCGAGAGGCCCUCAAGGAAGCCCUUGUUGCCGACCUUGGCGAUCGCUGGACCAAAUCGCCAUAUCUGAUUGUCCGGACGGACAAUGACGAGCUCAUCAUUUACAAGACGGUUGUCACUUUGCCAGAGGCUGAAAGCAAAUCUCCCAAGGGAAUCCGGUUCCACAGAGAGUCCAAUCACAGUCUGUCCAAUGCAGCUUCAGGCACAACAUCAGAGUUAUAUAUGCAGCAACGAGCAAGACCGCUGCGAGUCUUACAAAAUGUCUCUGGAUUCAGCACGGUCUUUUUGCCCGGAAGCUCCGCAGGAUUUAUUCUGCGAACCGCAGCAAGCUCUCCCCAUCUGGUGCGCCUUCGCGGCGAAUUCACCCAAUGGCUAAGCGAGUUUGAUUCUGCCGCCUCCGGCUGCGAAAAUGGAUUCAUCUAUGUCGAUUCCGAGAGUACCAUCCGAGCCUGUCAAUUCUCUCCGAAUACUCUACUCGACCACCCGUGGACACUGCGCAAGAUCCCAUUGGACGAGCAAGUUGACUACCUGACAUAUUCAACAUCAUCUGAAACCUACGUGGUUGGUACCAGUCACAAUGUGGAAUUCAAAUUACCAGAUAACGACGAGUUGCACCCGGAAUGGCGCAACGAGGGAAUUACCUUUUGCCCCGAGGUUCCGCAGAGCUCGAUCAAGGUGAUCAGCCCAAAGACCUGGACCGUCAUCGACGAGUAUCCCCUAGAAAUUGCAGAGCAUGUGACGGCCGUGCAGAAUGUGAACAUGGAAGUUUCCGAGAAUACACAUGAACGGAAGGAUCUGAUUGUUGUCGGCACUGCUAUCACAAAGGGCGAAGACAUUCCCCCGCGUGGGUGCAUCUACGUCUUCGACGUGAUCGAUGUGGUCCCAGACCCAGAGAAGCCCGAGACAGGGCGUAAACUCAAGCUGAUCGGCAAGGAGACGGUCAAGGGUGCAGUGACUGCUCUAUCUGGAAUCGGUGGACAGGGCUUUGUGAUUGUCGCGCAGGGGCAGAAGUGCAUGGUACGCGGUCUGAAGGAAGAUGGCAGUCUUCUUCCCGUGGCAUUCAUGGACAUGUCAUGUUACGUGUCUGUCGCGAAGGAGCUCAAAGGCACGGGCAUGUGUCUAUUGGGUGAUGCGGUCAAGGGGAUUUGGUUUGCAGGUUACUCGGAGGAACCCUACAGAAUGACAAUCUUCGGCAAAGACCUCGAGUACUUGGAGGUAGUCACAGCUGAAUUCCUCCCGGACGGAAACAAAUUGUACAUUCUCGUCGCCGACAGCGAUUGCAACCUCCAUGUGCUACAGUACGACCCCGAAGACCCCAAAUCCUCCAACGGCGACCGCCUCCUCCACCGCAGCAAAUUCUACACCGGCAACUUCGCCACCCAAAUGGCUCUCCUCCCACGCACACCCGUCCCAACCGAACAACUCGCACCCACAGACGACAACAUGGACCUAGACACUAACAUAUCAGCGCACCAAGUGCUCAUCGCCUCCCAAAACGGAUCUCUAGCGCUCGUAACCAGUGUCUCGGAAGAAUCCUACCGAAGACUCUCAGCGCUCCAGUCCCAACUAAUCAAUACAAUCGAGCACCCCGGCGGUCUGAACCCGCGGGCCUUCCGGGCCGUGGAGAGCGAUGGAACUGGUGGGCGGGGUAUGGUGGAUGGGAAUUUGCUCAGGUUGUGGCUGAAUCUGGGGAAGCAGCGGCAGGCGGAGAUUGCGGGAAGAGUUGGGGCGUCGGAGUGGGAGAUUCGGGGGGAUUUGGAGAGUAUUGGUGGUGAUGGGUUGGGGUAUUUGUGAGGGAUGGAAGGGGAAAUAAUGGGCGUUAGUAUUACUAUCUAUUGAGUAGACUAUAGUAUAUUAGUCUUAUCAAAAGUAAGGGGUUUUAUACUUGGUGAAGUUAUUGACAAA